GGCCUCACUCUGUCCAUGUCAUUACUAGAACCAACAUUCAAGUUGAACAGAUGCCAUCAAGAGGCGGCAGCAGCAGGCAUCUUUGCUUACCUGAACUACCAUGUUCCCCGGACAAGACGGGAGAUCCUGGAGACCCUUAUUAAAGGGCUCCAGCGGCUGGAGUACAGAGGCUACGAUUCUGCAGGUGUGGGAAUCGAUGGCGGAAAUGACAAAGACUGGGAAGCUAAUGCUUGCAAAAUCCAUCUUAUCAAACAGAAGGGAAAAGUGAAGGCUCUGGAUGAAGAGGUGCACAAGCAACAGUACAUGGAUCUUGACGUCGAGUUUGAUGUACACCUCGGAAUUGCGCAUACCCGUUGGGCUACCCAUGGUGAGCCCAGUCCUGUCAACAGCCACCCACAGCGCUCGGAUAAAAACAAUGAGUUCAUUGUCAUCCACAACGGCAUCAUCACCAACUACAAAGACCUGCAGAAAUUUCUGGAGAGCAAGGGCUACGACUUCGAGUCGGAGACGGACACGGAGUGCAUCGCCAAACUGGUGAAGUACAUGUAUGACAACCGCGACAGCGAUGACGUCAGCUUCACCACCCUGGUGGAAAGGGUCAUCCAGCAGCUGGAAGGUGCUUUUGCCCUUGUGUUCAAAAGUGUUCAUUAUCCUGGUCAAGCAGUUGGUACCAGGAGAGGGAGCCCCCUGCUAAUAGGAGUGCGCAGCGAGCACAAGCUCUCCACUGACCACAUCCCUAUUUUGUACAGGACGGGUAAAGACAAGAAGGGAAGUUGUAACCUGUCUCGUGUUGACAGCACCACCUGCCUCUUUCCUGUUGAGGAGAAAGCUGUGGAGUACUACUUUGCUUCUGAUGCUAGUGCUGUCAUUGAGCAUACCAACAGAGUGAUUUUCCUUGAAGAUGAUGAUGUAGCAGCUGUGGUUGAUGGCCGUCUUUCCAUCCACCGGAUCAAACGUACAGCGGGCGAUCACCCUGGGCGUGCUGUCCAAACCCUGCAGAUGGAGCUUCAGCAAAUUAUGAAGGGUAACUUCAGCUCAUUCAUGCAAAAGGAAAUUUUUGAACAGCCAGAAUCCGUUGUUAAUACAAUGAGAGGAAGGGUCAACUUUGACGACUACACUGUGAACCUUGGUGGGUUGAAGGAUCACAUUAAGGAGAUUCAGAGGUGUCGUCGUUUAAUCCUUAUUGCUUGCGGGACAAGUUACCAUGCUGGAGUUGCAACCCGUCAGGUUCUGGAAGAACUGACUGAAUUACCCGUUAUGGUUGAACUAGCCAGUGAUUUCUUGGAUAGAAACACUCCUGUCUUCAGAGAUGAUGUUUGCUUUUUCAUCAGCCAGUCAGGUGAGACAGCAGAUACUUUGAUGGGUCUUCGGUAUUGCAAAGAGAGAGGAGCCUUAACCGUAGGAAUAACUAAUACAGUUGGCAGCUCUAUAUCACGAGAGACAGAUUGUGGAGUCCAUAUCAAUGCAGGACCAGAGAUUGGGGUUGCGAGUACCAAGGCCUAUACCAGCCAGUUUGUCUCUUUGGUGAUGUUUGCUCUAAUGAUGUGUGAUGACAGAAUUUCUGUGCAAGAAAGACGCAAGGAAAUCAUGCGUGGUCUAAAAGGACUGCCAGACUUGAUUAAAGAAGUGCUGAGUAUGGAUGACGAGAUCCAGAAGCUAGCCACAGAGCUAUACCAUCAGAAGUCUGUUCUCAUCAUGGGACGUGGCUACCAUUAUGCUACAUGUCUUGAGGGAGCUUUGAAAAUUAAAGAAAUUACCUACAUGCACUCUGAGGGGAUAUUGGCAGGUGAGCUGAAGCAUGGCCCUCUUGCGUUGGUGGACAAACUCAUGCCCGUUAUUAUGAUCAUCAUGAGAGACCAUACAUAUGCUAAGUGCCAGAAUGCUCUCCAGCAGGUCAUUGCACGACAAGGGCGACCUGUCAUCAUUUGUGAUAAGGAAGACAUUGAGACAAUUAAGAACAAUAAGAGAACAAUCAAAGUUCCGCAUUCAGUGGACUGUCUGCAGGGGAUCCUGAGUGUCAUCCCGCUUCAGCUUCUGGCUUUCCACCUUGCAGUUCUCAGAGGAUAUGAUGUUGAUUUUCCAAGAAAUCUGGCCAAGUCCGUAACUGUAGAGUGAAAGAUCAUCUGAAUCAUAGGGGCAAAGGGGAAUUAAAUGAAAGACUUUUUUUGGUACCAAAAUAACUUGAUUUUAAAGUCCCCUAGGUAAAUCUUAUUUUCGUAAAUCAUCGUUUGUGUACACGAUCACCAUACUUCCAUUACAUUAGUGAUUGUCAAAUUGAUUCCACAUGCUAUGUCAGUAGCUUUGGGUUUUUUGAACAAUAGAUUUCCAUGCAAGAUAUUAAAUGGUUUCCUUUAAAGAUUACUGAGCCUUCUAGGUAAGGGGCCCUUCACUUUACUUUUAGAUACUGUCAUUGUUUCUUAUCCAGUGUGACUCAUUCCAGUCAUUGAUGAGAAACCAUUCAGUGAAUUACCUGUCAUGCUCUCAGGCAGUGAAGCAGGAUACCAGAUUAUGCAACUGGAACAAGAGCUGUUACUGGUCAUGCUUGUGCAGAUAUUUUAACAGCGAGAAACUGUAAACAAGCAUUUGGGUCAAUUUCUGCCUCAUUUGUAAAAGGGAAUUCAACUGACCUGUCACAGCCUCUGAAAUUUUAGGCAUGUGGUAAAUGUGCUAAGAAAGUAAUUUUGUUUCAGAAGGGUUUUAUCUAUGCCAAAUACCUAGCAACUGACAAUCUCAUAGACUCGGUGGGCCAUAACGCACCAUGUAAUACCAGCAGGUAUCUGUAGUUGUGCCCAUGAAGACAGUGGAACUCGCGCCUUCAAGUGUAAGUGAAAGCAGUGUCUGACUCAGAAUGGAUGCAUGCCAAAGUGAGGAAAAACAGGAAUACAACAGUGCUCAGUUUGUGGUGGUGCUUUGUUGAUGCUGGGUUUUGGUGAUUUUCUUUGUGUUUGUUUUUUAAACGAAUAGCACUCUUCCUGCAUUGAGGGAUAAAGAUUUUUCCCCUUGAACUGAGUACUGUGGCACUACAAACAGAUUGUAAGGAAUGGGCUUUAUGUUGCUGCAGGUCACUUACUAGUCUGAACGUGUAGAGGAAAGUUUUUGUCUUGUCUCAGGCAGAGACGACACUGAAUAUUGCUUUCUGAGGCUUACUACAUUAGACAAAGUCCCCUGAUAAAUACGUGGAUUCUGGUUUAUUUAUGAGUAGUUCAUACAGUUGUAGUGGCGUAUGUGAUUAUGUCAAAUUCAGCAGUUGUAAAACUGGAGGGGAUAAAGGCUUGAUACACGUGAAAAAAAAUACACUGAUAAUUGUAUAACAAGUUUGCAGAGAAUCAGAAAUUACACAGAAAAUAUGCCUUGAAGAUUUAAUACCAGCUUUGAAAAAGUCAUUAAAUGGCAGUUAGCUAGGUGUUUCCUAAUGCAAAAAGGUGAAUUUCCUGCCCGGGUGGUAGGCUUUGAAUUAGCUUUAUACAAACAGCAUAAAAAGAAAAGCAAACUACAAGGUUUAAAGCAAUGCUUGACAAGUCAUGGUGGAUAUUCCAGAUCACUUGCUGCCCCCCAGACUGCUUUAACAAAUGUAAACGUAGCUCUCCUUGUGCAGGUUGCAAGAUGACUGCCAAGUAGUAGUAAUCCAGCCUGACCUGUACAGUAAAAGACAACUACUCAGACUGAGGUGUUUCCAAAGACUGUGUAGCAAUUCUACUUUAUAUAAAACCACAGUAGCCUAUUUAACUUCAAUUCAGUAUCAGCUCAAGGCUGUUUUAUUAUGUUAAUUAGAUUAAAAUGCUGCCUGCCUGGAAACAGUUUCUUAAAGCCAAUGUAUGUAUGUUUAUUAACACAUGGUAUUCAGACUAUUAAUUUAUGAAUGCAUUGUGCUGCCAGUGUCUGUUUAAGAGCAAAGAAGUAAAUACUUAAUUUUAUUUGUACAAUAUUUGCCUAUGAGGCACUAACUUGUAACAGUUAAUGUGCCUCUGCCUAAACAUGACUUGCAGACUUCUUCCCUGCUUCAUUUGAGAGGAUACUUCUCCUAAGGAACAAACGACGUAUGUUCAAUACUAACAGUUUGGAGACAGUUCAUUUUCCUCCAUCUCCCACUCUUCUCUUAAGAGAAGGGAAACUGUGAACCUUUAACAUGGAGGGUGGGAAGCAAGGAAGGGCUUCCCCCUACUCCCCAGCAUAAGGACUUGCGGUACCACAUCCUAUGUUCUUGUUAGCAUGGUGUCUAAUGGGAAAGAACCUGCAAGAGAAUUAAGAUCUAUUUCUCCUAUUCCAUUCAGAAGAAAAACAAUAAGCAUUGCUUUUGUCUAGCCUUGUACAGAUAAUUGUUUGCUAGCUUACCAAGUCUCCUAGCAAACAGGAUGGUAGACAUCAUGUUAAAAUACAGAUUGCUGUUCAGUAAAAGUUUGAUAAUUCAGGCUGUUAAAUAUUUAUGAAAGUAACUUGUGUACAAAGAGGACCAAAGAACAGGAUUCUAAGUUAGAAAUUUAAGUCUGACACUCUCCUGUUGGGUGUAACUGUACAGAUAUUGCUGAGUUAUUUGGUUUUAAUGCUGUGAUAGACAAAUCCUUAUUCUUAGUAAUUUAAGGCAUUAAAACUCAUGACGAAUACUUCAUUUGUCAGAAGUAAAGGUAGUAUUCACCCCCUGUAUUCUGCAAGUUGCCAGUGAACUGCCUGAAGUGUACAAAAAUCUGCCUGCCAAAACAGAGGUUUAGUCACUAAUUGCAACUAGGCUGUUGGAUGUUGUAAUGCUUAAUAUCAAAGAAUGCUGUAGAGCACACUUGCUAUGAAGAAUUUCUCUGAUGAGCAUGGUAGGGAAUCCGUAAAGCAUCUCAUUGUUGUUAAUUGCUAUGCCUGUGUGAAGUGAGAAUGUAUAAAGGACUCUUCUUAGCUUUCCUUACCUCAUUUUGUGUAGAUGUGUUGCAUUUUGAUGAACAGAUGAUGUUUCUCUUUUCCCUAGAAAACUUUCAGAAUGUCUUGUGAUAUUUAUUAACAGCCAGUCAGUCUUCUGCUCUCCAGAAUGAAUGUUUUGCUUACUGAGCCAGUAAAACUCCCUCUUUCCUAACUGAGGUGUUCAAAAAUUCAGUAGCCCUGUCACUAAAAUUGAGCCACAGGUAAAUACAGAUAAAGGCCUUUGUCAUUUGGAAUAGCAGCUGCCUAUUACUUCAUACGUUUGUCAUAGUUUAUUUUGACUGAAGUAACUGUUUUCCUCAUCUAUGUCUGCAGAGGCUUAAAGGGAAGUACAAGCCCCAUAGGUCUUAGGGUUUUUUCUAAUUACCGAAGACCAGAGAACUUCAGGCUCGGCACGCUGUUUCUUCAUAACAGAUCUUAGCCAAAUUCCACACUGUUAGUAAGGUUAUUCCACAAACAUGGGAAACUUGUUUGUGGAGUAUGCUUCUGCCAGAAAGGUUUCUUCCUCCUAGCUGUACUGAAGAAAGUCUAGAGACAGUUCUUUCCUGAACGUGAGAGCUGAGUAAGUACCAUCUGCAUACACAUGCUUAUAAAGAGCCCAAACCAGUAUUUGGGUAGCCUUGUCUUUGUAAGGUACAGCACUGAAAGGGGAAGUGCUGUCUCCUUUUUAGCAUGCUCUUACUGACUGGAAGGUAAUUGUGUACCACUGAUAUGGGGAUGCUAUUCCAGCCAGAGAGCUGCCUUGACCUCCUUGUUCAGAACGUCUCAACCCCUUUGUAUUCAAAAGCUGCAUUAGUGAAAGCUUCACAUAGACCAUUUUGGAGACAAGUGGGAGGGAUCUCAUGGAUAUGACAACAUGUAAUCUUGCUCCAUUUGGAACCUUAACACUAGCACAGACAGACUAGGUUUGGUUAAGCUGCAGAUUGAAAUGUCUAAAGGCACAAGGAAGACCAAAAUAUUAGUGCAAAAUUGUUGGUUUUUUUCCUCUAAAGUAGUUACUAGCAGUCCUUGACACCACAAGUAGGUGGCUGACAGCAGCAUAUAUGAUGGAGAGGGAAAUUGAAAUUGAGUCCAUGCAGCAGCACAUCAGUGUUUAGCUGUGGCUGAUUUUAGAUCCUACCUGAAUGUACCAAACUUGCCUCAAAGCCUGGAGUCCCUCUUCCACAUCAGAAACAGGAAGAAGAAACAGCAAAGAAGUAUUUGGCUUGAAUAAAAGGAAAGACUAUUUGCCUUCAGUUUAUGUAAAUAGACGUUUGAAAUGGCAAAUACCACCAUUUCUUCCCUUCUAGGUCUAUAUGUACUGUGCUUGUACAUAUCCAGCUGGCUUGGUUUGUGGGGACCAGUCUGUAUCGUGUUUCCUGUUGUGUGCUGUAUGCAGAAGAUGUCUUACUUUUGUCUGUAGUGUUUUAUAAUUUGGGUUCUGUCUUUUUGCUUACUUUUUUGUAUCUCACCCUUUGAAUAAAAUCAAGUGCCCUACA